UGUAGGAAGUGUAUGCUCUCGUUUGAUAAAUUACUAAGCUUCCAGCGGGGACUCACAGUCCCCUUUUGCAGUCUGGUUUUAUUAUUUGGUUUUAAUCCCGGGCCAAUCACCGGGUGUACUCCGAAGGAUUAUUUGUUUGUUGCCGAUUUGUUCCUGAGCACACAGCUAUCAGUCCCUGAAUGAAUUCUACUGGGCAACAUCUUUCAUUAUUUAAAAAAAACCCUGAAAGUCCAACUUCCUAUCUGUCCACCAGCUUUCCGCCUCCCUAGACAAAAAAUAAAGACAUGGAGACAUUCUUCAGAAGACAUUUCAAGAAGUCAAAAGCCACCGCAGCUGGUUUCAGGUUGCCGAGCAGUUGCAGGCGGACAGGUAGGCGCUCGAGUGGAGCAGUGCCUGGCAGUAAAGUGAGGCGCCGUUCAAGUGCUGGGAUGCCCUCGGCGAUGCUGAUGCAGAGACGCAGGUCCAGCAUGCAGAUGCAUGCCAAAGGCAGCAGAGGGCGCCGAAGAUCCAGCACCACAACCCUUCCCCUCAACCCCAGGUACGCGGUCAAGAAAAAGCGCGACGGCAAGUUGCGGACUAUCGACACCCACCUGCUUGGGCCCUCCAUGCUGCUGGCCAGCUUGAUUCAGAUGACCGAGGAGGAAGAGGGUGAGGCCGAUGGGGACAGUGAGGCACGUGCUUCAGGGAUGGCCAUCAGCCUUGACCACAAAGACAACAAGAGCUCGUCAGGAGAGUCAGAUGCCUUUCAGUCUUCUUCCACGGGUAGUAGCUGGAGUGAGCUGGAGCAAUUGGACAAGAAGAUGGGCAGUUGCACCCUUUCUAAAGUUUCAGAGGUAUUCCAACCCUCAGCUUUGUAUUACAGGCCAGUCUACAGCAAACCUUUCAUCAGAGCUCCUCGCUGUUUGAGACGGAACUCUUCUCAAGCCCUUUCCACAGAGUCAGACGUUCCUGGGUUAUGCGGUGGCUACAGGAUUUUGAGUCAGCGCCGGCGUUCAAGUGCUUACCGGGUACAAGCAGCAGCCUGCAAAUCUGCUGCACCACACGGUCCCCGAAUGGGGAGUAGACGGCCCUCGCUGAAUGUCAGGAGGGCCUCUUGCACUUACCUUCCACCACGCUGGAGGCAUGGCGUUCGCAGAAACUCGCUUAGCUUGAUGCACAGGAAAUACCCAGCUAAGCACCCCACAGCAUGGAGCAACUUCCUGUCAAAAGCUAUCGCAAAGUCAGGAUUACAACACCUGGUGGCUCAACCAAACCCAAGCACUGUCCUUCGGCACAACGCUGACCGUGAAGUGCGCAGCACAGUAGAUUGGACGGAAAAUGCACUGUAUGGUGAACACGUUUGGUUUGAGACCAAUGUAUCUGGAGACUUCUGUUAUGCUGGGGAACAAAACUGUGUUGCAAAAUUGCUGCAGAGAUCGGUGUCACGGAAGAAAUGUGCUGCUUGCAAGAUCGUGGUUCACACAGUCUGCAUUGAACAUAUAGAGAAAAUAAAUUUUAGAUGUAAACCAACAUUCCGGGAGUCUGGAUCACGUAACGUUCGAGAGCCCACGUUUGUCCGGCAUCACUGGGUUCAUCGGAGGCGGCAGGAGGGGAAGUGCAAGCAAUGUGGCAAGGGUUUCCAGCAGAAGUUUACGUUUCACAGUAAGGAGAUUGUAGCAAUCAGCUGUUCCUGGUGCAAACAAGCAUAUCACAACAAGGUGACCUGCUUCAUGCUACAACAGAUUGAGGAGCCCUGUACACUGGGUGCCCACGCUGCAGUCAUUAUUCCACCCACUUGGAUCAUUCGAGUUAGGAGAGCUCAGAAUUCACUGAAAUCGAGUAAAAAGAAAAAGCGAACCUCUUUUAAAAGGAAGUCCAGUAAGAAAGGAGCUGAGGAAGGAAGAUGGAGGCCUUUUAUCAUCAAACCCAUCCCCUCUUCACUGAUGAAGCCGUUAUUGGUGUUCGUUAAUCCAAAGAGUGGGGGAAAUCAGGGGGCGAAGAUUAUCCAAUCGUUCAUGUGGUAUCUGAAUCCAAGACAAGUGUUUGAUAUGUGUCAGGGAAGUCCAAAGGAUGCGUUGGAAUUAUACCGUAAGGUACAGAAUUUACGAAUUUUGGCCUGUGGAGGUGAUGGGACUGUGGGUUGGAUUCUUUCCAUUUUGGAUCAGUUGCAGCUCAAUCCUUCACCUCCUGUUGCUGUACUUCCUCUGGGAACAGGGAAUGAUCUUGCCAGGACCCUGAAUUGGGGUGGGGGAUAUACAGAUGAGCCAGUUUCCAAGAUCCUGUCCCACGUGGAAGAUGGAAACAUUGUGCAGUUAGACAGAUGGAAUCUGUGUGUGGAAAGAAACACCGACGCAGUUCCAGAUGAGCGCGAUGAAACAGCAGCUGAAAAGCUUCCACUGGAUGUUUUUAACAACUACUUUAGCCUUGGCUUUGAUGCGCAUGUGACUCUCGAGUUUCACGAGUCCAGAGAGGCUAAACCAGAGAAAUUUAGCAGUCGAUUUUGGAAUAAGAUGUUCUACGCUGGGACAGCAGUUUCAGAUUUCUUAACAGGAAGCUCCAAGGAUUUAGCCAAGCAUAUUAAAGUGGUGUGUGAUGGGACGGACCUGACAUCAAAAAUUCAGGAUUUAAAACUACAGUGCAUUGUCUUCCUGAACAUUCCAAGGUACUGUGCUGGCACUGUACCAUGGGGAAAUCCAGGUGAACAUCAUGAUUUUGAGCCACAACGACAUGAUGAUGGGUGUAUCGAGGUGAUUGGCUUCACAAUGGCAUCUUUGGCUGCUCUGCAAGUUGGUGGACAUGGGGAGCGUCUCAACCAGUGCCGUGAAGUGACGCUAACGACGUACAAGUCGAUUCCAGUGCAGGUAGACGGGGAGCCGUGCAAGCUCGCGCCGUCCACCAUUCGGAUCUCAUUGCGGAACCAGGCCAACAUGGUACAGAAGACCAAAAGGAGGACGUCCAUUCCCCUGCUCAACGAUCAGCAGACGAUAUCCGAAAGGCUGAAGAUAUGUGUGAAUCGGAUCAGCAUGCAUGACUAUGAAGCCUUGCAUUACGACAAGGAGAAGCUGAAAGAAGCCUCUGUGCCCUUGGGCAUCAUCGUUGUCCCCGGAGACAGUGACCUGGAGAUCUGCCGCACCCACAUUGAGAGGCUUCAGGAGGAAGGUGAUGGCACCAAGUCUAGAACCUUAUCUUCACAGAAGCUCUCCCCAAAAUGGUGUUUUCUGGACUCCACUACUGCCGACCGGUUUUACAGAAUAGAUCGAGCUCAGGAGCACUUGCACUAUGUGACUGACAUUUCCCAAGAGGAACUCUUCAUCCUGGACCCAGAGCUUGUUAUCACAGAAACGGUGGGAACGUCACCAGGAAUGCCUGAUUUAGUUGGAUCAUCUGACUCCUUUGCCUUUCCAUCCUCCUCCUCACCGCCAUUGUCACCUGACCCCAGAAUUGUGGAUUUGCAGAAAGCUUCCCAGAGGAAGCGUAUUUCUAGCGACAGCUCGGUUGCUGAGGUGCUCGCCCACAGUGAAUCGCUCAGAGUCUCAAAGCCUCUGCUCAGCAGGACAGAUGCCAAGGUAGCCAGCGUACAUCGAUCGAAUACAACAGCAGCUGACUUCAAGCCAAUGUCUAAAGUGCCUGCGGAGCAGGAACCAACUUCAACACAGUCAGCAUCGAUGUCAAGAAAAUGAGGAAACCACUCAGUAGAUCUGGCAGAGUCUGUGCAGAGAGAAAUAAUCCUUCAUCAGAACUGGAAAGGAGAGGAAACAAGUUUGUUCUAGGAGGAGAUGGAGAAGUCACACACAGAACAAAGGAAAUAUCCCUGAUCGAAUGAGACCAGAUGACGAAAGUGUGGACAUGGAAGUGAACUUCGGUCAACAUCUUAUCAAAUACUAGAAGGGAAUGAUGCUAGAAGGUUUAGUAUUUACUAAACCACUGAAAAUGAACAAGGCAAAAGGAAGAAACACGCACGUUCCUGGAUGCCAAGUGACAAUGAAUUCAAUAGUAAAUGAGAUGAGCACUGUAUCUUUUAUUAGAGCCAUGUAGACAUUUUCUAAUGUCAGUCAUAAGUAUCUUGUACGUGUAAGUAUCUUCUCGUGGUUUCUAUGCCUUAAAUAUGGGCUGUAUUUAUUAUAUCAUGAUUACUUUAGUAAUAAAGACAGCUGAAUUACUUGAUAUAUCUUUGAGAAUAUUCUAGAGGAUUUAGAAGAAUAUGGAGGACAACAAUCUACUCCAUAUCAAUCAUUAUCAGUUGCCAAGGUCACACAGUACUUUACCAAAUCCAUUAGGUUGACACUUCUCAAACCCAUUGAGUAGUUUACUAAAUACAUUAAUAUCCCGCUGCUCAUAGAUUUGCUUAUUAUUUCAAUUUGUAAUUUUUGAUCAUUCUUUAAAAUUGUAUCCUUACAAUCUUUAUAUUUAUUCUAUAAUUCAUGUAAAGAUUAUCUGUUUCCUAUGGCAAGAGUCAUCAUCAGAGGAUAUCAUUUGAUAUCAUUACCAUGGAGAAAUGCAAAUGUUGUUAAUGCUAUGAUGUGGAAUACACUGCCUUAAAGGAUAGCCAAAAUGGAUUUCAGUAGUUCUAUUGGAAAAAAAAGUGUUGAAUUUAGAUAUAAGAAGGGAAAAUUUGCAGGACCUUGUGGAAAGGUUGAGAGUGUGCUGAUUGAUUAUUCUUCUGGAAGUGGGGCAAAUGGCCUCCCAUGACCUAUUGAAUUGUUUUCGUAUGGGAAAACUGCUUCCUCCUUUUCAAGGUGGACAUGAAGUUCAAAAUCCUAUCUAUUUAUUAAAUCAUUUCAAAUGUAUUGAUAGUUCCAUUUCCUAACAUCAUAAAAACCUUGACAAACCCAUAGUUCUGAAAACAUGCUGCAGAACUGAAGGCUGCUUGUUUUUCAACGUCUGAAUGGUGUCAGACUGACAGUAACACUGCUAGCUAUAUUGAUUGUCUAUUGGAGAUUUGUUCCAGAUAGAAUUCUAGUGCUUGUAGAGAACCAUAGAUGGGGGUUGAAACCAAAAGCUGAAAUAUAACUUGAAAAUGAAAAGUAUCUUAAUUAAAACACAUUGUUCAUACUAACUCACAAGUGUAAUGCUGUUGUAUUGUCAAACAUCCUAUCUUUCACAUGUAAAUUCAAGAUCUGUAUGUCCUCUCAGAUGCAC